UUGGCAGGUCUGGCUGGUGAGAUUUUUCAUGUACCCGUUUCUAUGGCAGGGCUGGCCAAAGUGCAGUAUAGGGCUCAGUGCCACAUAAGGCCAUCCUUUUUUUUGUUUUAUAUGUGGAGGUGACCAUAGACAGUAAACCCCGACAUGCAAUGCUCCCUCUUGAUUUGAAUGGAAGGCAGUGCAUUCUGGGAGCUGUAGCCUGGGCAGGCUGCACGGUUGGGUGGUACAAUGCUGUUCUUCAGCCAUCCUUUCACCUCCGAUACUCCGAGGACACCCUGGCAUUCAUUGUCCUCAGCACUCCCUCAAUGUUUGACAGAGCCUUUAAACCCUUUGUGGACAAACAGCUGCUGAAAAAAAUCAAUGACCCAGUGGAUCAAUGCGUUUCUUAUCAUCUGUCACUCGUGAAGGAGAGUCUCCCUGACCAGAGGGUGGACAUCAUCUAUGAUUAUGAGAUCCUGCCAAACCGGAAGCCCAAGUUUCUGGCCCAGACAGCUGCCCAUGUGGCUGGAGCAGCAUAUUACUACCAGAGGAAGGAUGUGAGGUGUGAUCCCUGGGGAGAAAAGAAGAUCUAUGGUGUUUGUAUCCAUCCCCGGUACGGAGGCUGGUUUGCUAUCCGAGGUCUCCUCCUAUUCCCAGAUGUUCAGGUGCCAUUCCUGGAGCAGGUCGCCCCUGUUGAUUGUGUGGCCUCGGAGGAGAAGCGAAUAGAGCUGCUGGAGAAAUUCAAUUUCCACUGGCGGGACUGGAGCUAUAGGGACAUCAUUGAAGUGAAGGACCGGUACUCGGAGGAGCAGAAAGCCUACUUUGGAGCUCCUCCAGCAGAGAGAUUCAAACUGCUGGAGCUGCAGGGAGUUGUCCAGAGAAGUGUGUAGUGCUGAGUAACACGGUUCCGAGUGCGGGGCAGGGAAUGAACAGAGUGCCCUCAUCCUCCAUAGCAGUUAUGAAGGGGUGGCAGAUCCCACAGGAAUCAGUACUGGGUUUACAAUGGCACCGUGGUGCUGUGCCCCAGCCUGGCACAGCCCGCUCCACUUUUGCUGCGCCUGGAGCAGCUGGCUUCUCUCUCCUCCCCCCACCCCAGCUCCUCCCCCCCACCGCUCGCUCCUCUCGGCCCACUGAGGGGUCCUUUCUGCCCCCGUCACCAGCCGGCUGCUGCCGGCAGAGCCAGGGGCAGAGAGGAGCUCUCAGCUGCUGCCGCUCCAGCUGGGCCAGUGACCAUGCACUUCGGGCUCCCCGGGAGCGGGGCCUGCCUCUCCCUGCCACUCUGCAGAAGCGACCAUCUUGGGAAGUUGGAGGCUGCCUCUCCCCUACCCAUGCAAGGAAAUGCCUCCUCAACCACAAGCACCAUCAGUGCCAGGUGGGUAGGGCUGGGUGGGGCCCCGGGGGACAGGGGACGCUCUGUGCUCCUGAGCUUCAGUGGUCCUGCCCCCUUGCACUGUGCUGGGA